AUAAAACAGCUGUUGGUGGUCAAACCCUCCAGCAAAAAGACAAAUGGGAAAAUGCGGAAUGCUAUAUAAUAGUCGCGUAACUUUAAGUUAUUAGGCUAAACUAUAGAAGUUUCUACAAGAAAUUGCAGUUGUUGUUGCUUUCGGAUGGUUCUUGACUGAUCGUAAAGAAGCCUUUGGCCAGCAUGAUGUGGAAAACACAAUUGUUAAAAAAACCAAAGUAGACUACAAGUGUGGCAGAGUGGUAAUACAGAUUGAAUAUAUACGACUUUUGUGAAACACUAAUAUAAAGCAUGGGCAGAUAUCAGAGAUUGAUAAUACAGGCCCAAGUAAAAUACAUUAGAAAACUUAAAUUUCAAAAAAACUUGUCUCUGUUACAAUCGAUUACAGGUUUUUAUGGAUCAUUUUUAAUUCAUUUUCCUCAGCUUAUGUUUCCGCUUAUUCUCAGCUCUCUCAGGGUCUCCGCAGAUGGUCUAUGGCGCAAGUAGCCUUGUAUCGGUUUUGUUGGAAACAUAUCCCGCUCGACAGAACUAGACGGCAGUCGGUUGUUUGACACCAACUGGUGAAGAACGUAAGUUUUUUUUUCUUAGCAGCCGGUUUUUCACCAAACAGCAAAUACCUAGUUUGAAUGCGUGAUAAAUCACAUUGAAAGCUGACAAAUCGAAGCGACGCAGUCAGUACUUUUUGUUCGUGACUUUACACUAAAGUAAAAAAAAAAAAAAAAUGCGAUUCGUUUCGAUUCGUCGCCAUUUUCACUAUUUCUCCAUGGUUGCCAUUAUCUCUUGCUGUUAUAUCAUGUUACUAAGAACGUCUUCAAAAAACGACGCCGAAGACAUCCGCGAUCAGCCAGAGCAGCAACUAGUGGACGUUAAAAACGAUGCGAUCAUUGAGUUGAAAAAUGAAAUUCGCGUAUUGCCUUACUUAACACCUGCUGUCAAGGUAGAAAUCCAGCAACCUGUAGCAGAUGUCUCAUCAAAGAAAAUUGAUAGGAUUGAAAAUUUACCAGCGAUGGGAGCACCGUCCACUCAUCCAAACAGAACGCUCAACUGGCUCGAUUUGUGGUCCAAUGAUACGUUAUGCAAUCAGUUCACAGUUCAUCUUCUUGAAGAAAACAGUGUUCAACCUCGAGCUUUGGUGUCUUUCCCUGGAAGUGGAAACACUUGGUUGCGUAUGUUGUUGAUGGGCGUGACUGGCCUGUACAUCGAUACCAUCUACCCGGGCGAUGAGCUUUUCAUUUCCAAAGCUGGGGGCACGUACGAAUUAAACAAGGACUGCAAUUGUUCUUUGCUACAGAAGACUCACGAUGUGUCGCUUUUCUCUGUGAUUUAUAACAUGGCAAUGGCCAACAAAUCGACUGAAAAGCGGAUCCACCAGGAGAUUGACCAAUUCCGCGGAGAUGGAAUCCUCGUCAUACGCAAUCCUUUUAAGGCUAUCUUGUCUUAUCGGAACUUUGCCUUCGGUGGAAACAUGGCCGGUCUGGCUCCAGUCGAAGCUUUUUCUCAAGGACUUGAACCCGUACGAAUUGGAGACCGCAAAAUAUCCACGUGGGAUCAGUUCAUCAGUCGCAGCGUCGCUAGUUGGGAAAUGUUGGCAACAGUUUGGAUCAGAGGAUUGAAACGCGGGGGCGUCGUCUACUACGAGAAAUUGCGUCGGGACACGGGUCCGCAGCUAUUGCAGAUGGCCGAAAUGUUAGGCAUUUCAAACGUGAAUAAAGAUCGACUAGAUUGCGUGCUUCGUCACAAUCAGGACAACACAUUUAAACGGAGUGAAUCUGGUCCGAAGAAUUAUCCAAAGAACCCAUUUACGGAGAGCCAACAUUUGCUGAUAUUGAAAUCUAUUCAAAGCGUGCAAAUGGCAUUGAAAGAACGAGGGCUGGACCCUUUACCUGUCGAGAUGUACGAUUUCUACACGCCAAUGUACCAAUAUGGCCAUUGGAACGGCUAAGCACUGUGAUAAAUUUUUUAUUUUUUUAAUUUCAUCUGUUUUUAAAAAGCUCUUUCUCUUCAUUUUGAGCUUAUUGAUGGAAGCGUUUCCUAACAGAAGAAUAAGCAAAUUCAAUGUUAACUAAAAUAAUGUGAAAUUGUUGCUAGUUGUUGUGUAAUCUGCAAAUUUUUUAUGAUAUUCAAAAAUUACAUGUUUUGUCUUUUUA